CAUCGGCGAUGUCCGAUGCCUGAAAGCGGAUCCGAGAUGGGAAAGAAGGGCGUGCCGGACUGGCUCAACAGUUCCCUUUGGUCUUCCUCCACUUCCACGCUCUCCUCCUCCGUCAAGCCGGAGCCCCAAAUUCCCAAACCCACGCCGCCGCCGCCUCCUCCUCCUCCACCUCAAGCUCCAUCUCCUCCUCCACCUCCGCCGCCUCCCGCACCUCCUGUGAUCGAUUUUCCUCCAAAGGAUGACCAUGGAUCCCCUUGCUUCUCUCCUGAGGAGAUCUCCCGCCAGUCCCAGCUUCUCUCUGAGCUAUCUAAGAGGGUGAUAAAUAUUGUGGAAUUGCGGAGAUUGGCGUCGCAGGGCAUCCAUGAUGGGGCUGGGAUUCGGCCGACCAUUUGGAAGCUUCUGCUGGGCUAUUUGCCAAAUGAUCGUAGCUUGUGGAUGCAUGAAUUGGAGAAGAAAAGGUCUCAGUAUAAAGCUUUUAAAGAUGAAUUCUUGGUGAACCCAUCAGAAGUCACACGAAGGAUGGCGGAGUCUGUUGGUGCGAAAAGCGAGGAGUUGGGAGCUGAAGGUAGUGGGAUGCUCGCGAGAUCAGAGAUAACUCACGGAGAGCACCCUUUGAGUCUUGGAAAGACUAGUGUUUGGAACCAAUUCUUCCAGGAUACUGAGAUCAUAGAGCAGAUAGACCGUGAUGUAAAGCGUACACACCCAGAUAUGCACUUUUUCUCUGGUGAUUCUUCAUUUGCAAAGUCUAACCAGGAAUCAUUGAAGAAUAUACUGAUCGUCUUCGCAAAGUUAAAUCCAGGCAUUAGAUAUGUCCAAGGGAUGAAUGAAGUGUUGGCACCUUUGUUCUAUGUCUUUCGGAAUGAUCCCGAUGAGAAUAAUGCUGCUGCUGCGGAAGCAGAUUCAUUUUUUUGUUUCGUCGAGUUGUUGAGUGGAUUCAGGGACAAUUUCUGCCAGAAACUGGAUAACAGUGUUGUUGGCAUUCGUUCUACCAUUACAAAGUUAUCGCAACUUCUAAAGAAGCAUGAUGGAGAACUUUGGCGCCAUCUAGAGAUCACUACAAAAGUCAAUCCCCAGUUCUAUGCAUUUAGAUGGAUUACUUUGUUAUUGACUCAAGAAUUCAACUUCGCUGACAGCCUCCAAAUCUGGGACACACUUUUAAGUGAUCCUGAAGGCCCCCAGGAAACGCUACUUAGGAUAUGCUGUGCAAUGCUCAUCCUUGUUCGCAGACGUCUUUUGGCGGGUGAUUUCACAUCCAAUCUCAAGUUAUUGCAGAAGUAUCCCUCAACAAACAUUAGCCACCUCCUUUAUGUUGCAAACAAGCUACGUGGGUCCUCUUCCGGCUGAAUUUUCAUGCCCCAUUUAUGUUUCCUUAGCCUUCAAGUAUGAGUUGUAAAAAAUUUUCUACUUGUAAAUGCCCAUUGAAGCAAAGUUUCAGUUUGUGUGUUUCUUUCUCUUGUAGUCCUACAUAUUUUAUCUGAGUAAUUUUGCUUGUUUGUUAUGAUUGCAAAUCUUAAGUUUAUGUGAACCGGAUUUAUAAUGAAUGGUGAUUGGCUGUUGAA